UGGCCGUUAACGUUUACGUAAAAGCAGAUCAACGAGGGAAUUAAUUUGGAAGGUCCGAGUUGAAUAUAAGCGUUUCACGCAGCUCUUACCGAUCGUUGAUUAAUAAUCGCGCAUCGCUGUAUCGUUGAUAUUUUAUUGCGGAAGGCACGCCUUCGCGAGUAUUCAUGCGAAACGCAUGACUAAGCAUGCUAAAUACAAAGAAUUACCGUUUACAAUUAUAAUAGAAGCGUGUAUCGUCCGUCGACUAUUACGUGCGCGGUCAUAAAUGGCUGGUAAAUGCGGGUUAUCCGCUGUUGAUACGACUAAUUAUGUUCCAUCGCAUGCUAUUGAUUAACGCGAAGCGCUCAUUUAAUCGAAAGGAGUUGGAAAAAUUUCGAAUUUCGAUGUAAUUCUUAACACAACUUCUAAACGACAGUCUUUCCGUUCGCGUGUCUGUCUGAUGACUAUUUGUUUUCGAAUCGAAUUCUAUUGUUAUCUUGUAUUUGUUCUAUUGUUAUCUUGUAUUUAUUCUAUUGUUAUCUUGUACGUUGAUAGACAGUCAUGAGUAUCGGUCUUUGAGUAGAACGAUAACGCGUGGGAAAUCAAUCCGUUACGUAGUUUCUUCCAUCUUUCAAUGCAACUCGUCGUUCACGAGAUGCUAUUUGAUCUAAUUUCACUUGGCAAUCGAAUUUCGAAUGAUUUUUUCGAACGAGGCCACGUGGGUUUUGAAAAUAUUCCCGAUGCGGUGUCGAAUAGCUCUGCAGCAAAAAUGGUAGCUGUAUCGGAAAGAGAACACUUCCAUUGGAUCGAUUGGCUGGUGUUUGCACUUAUGCUCCUCGUGUCCGCCGCAGCCGGCUUAUGGCACUUCAGAAGGGCGCAAAAGUCGAGCACGGAGGACUACCUGCUCGGAGGAAGGAACUUGGGACUCUUUCCCGUGUCCGCUUCCCUCGUUGCCAGCUUCAUAUCAGGCGUGACGAUCUUGGGUACUCCGGCGGAGAUCUACAAUUUUGGCACGCAAUAUUGGAUCACGAUCAUCUCGAUUCUGUUCUCUGGUAUCGUGGUCGCCACUGUGUACCUUCCUGUCUUUACUACCCUGCAACUUAACUCCGUAUACGAGUAUUUGGAGAUUCGAUUCGAUCGAACCGUGCGAAUUCUGAUUUCUUUCAUUUUCGUUUUCGAUGUGAUUCUUUACGAAUCGAUUGUGGUCUAUGUUCCCGCGCUGGCGUUAAAUCAAGUGAGCCAAAUCAAUGUACAUUUGAUUGGAGCCAUUAUGUGCCUCGUCUGCGUUUUCUAUACCGUGCUGGGCGGUAUUCGAGCAGUGGUUUGGACGGACGCGUUACAAGUCGGCGUGAUGAUAGCGGCGGUUAUUGCAGUUGCCGCUCUAGGGACCUAUCAAAUUGGGGCAGCUGAAAUUUGGAACAGGGCCAUAGAUGCCGGUCGCAUCGAAUUUUUCAACUUCGACCCGUCGCCCUACAAGAGGCACACCGUUUGGACAGUACUGAUUGGUUCUUGGUUGUACUGCACCGCGUAUAUCGCUGUCAAUCAAACUAUGGUGCAACGGUACAAAUCGUUAAAAAGCACCAAAAUAUCUCAAAUAUCCAUCGCGAUAUUUACCGUCAGCAUAAUGGUGUUUAUUUCAAUAUGCUGCUGGUGCGGAUUGGUACUUCUCGCUUGGUGGUCGCCACCGAAAUGCGAUCCAAGAGCUUCCGGUUUAAUUACGGCUGACGAUCAAUUAUUGCCGGCUUAUGUCAUGGAGAUCGCCCAUCAUUUGCACGGAAUACCUGGCCUCUUUAUUUCCGGGAUUUUUGGCGCGGCGCUCAGUUCAUUAUCAGUGGGCUUCAACUCAACGUCCGUUGUGAUCCUGGAGGACUUCGUUAAAGGUUGCUUUAAAAUGAAGCCCAGCGAACGCUGUUCCACAAUUUUCGUGAAAAGCCUUGUCGUCCUGUUUGGUUUGAUAGCGCUAUGCUUGGUUUUUCUGAUCGAGAAACUAGGAGGGGUUCUAGUUGUAACAAAUAGUUUGGCUGCUAUCGCUGCCGGGACUUCCUUUGGCGUUUUCACUCUCGGAAUCUUGUUUCCGUGGGCAAAUUCCAAGGGUGCCUUCAUUGGUGCUAUUGCAGGAUUCAUAAUGUCUGGAUGGGUCAGUUUUGGUGCGAAUGCUGCUAUUGGCGCUGGUCUUGUGAAACCGAAGAAACUUCCAGUUCCGCAUUGCGCGGGAAAUAUCAGUCAACAGUUCUUAGAACAAUUUGAAUGGGGCAACGACGACGAUGUCUUCCCAUUGUAUCGGUUGUCCUACCACUGGGUUGCUCCUAUUGGCACGCUGGUGGUACUUGUGGUGGGUGGUAUUGUCACCUGGAUGACAGGUGCGCGAGACCCCUCAUCGAUUGACAGGAAUUUGCUCUCUCCAGUAAUUCAUAGGUGGUUACCACGACCAAAAUAUCAAGAAGAGGUAGAUGGAUCGCGCGAGGUGGUAGUGUCCGAUCCUCAUGUAUCGGUGAAUUUAUUAUCAGUUAAAUUUAUUAGCGGCAAAAAUCGCAACUGAACAUUUAGUAGAAAAAAAGAAACAGAACAAAAAAAGAACAUUUACAACGUAUCGUCGAGAUUAACCGAUGGAAUUGCGAUAUUUUCAAGUUUAUUUUGUAGAUUUUUUUUAGAUAGAUAAUUUUUCAGCUUUUUCAAAAAGAAUGCAUUUAUAGAAAUUAAUAUAUAAAUUAAACAUUCUCGAUUGUCAAGAUUGCAUAUUUCAAUUUUGAACAGUCGGACAAACUGAACAUAAUGUACGUAUGUUAGACAUUAACACAGUGUUAAGUUGCUGCGUAAAAGAGAAUAUGUAAAGUGAUAUUUUUUAUAUAUCAGUAUAUAUGCUAUACAUAUCACAGUAGAUUAUACAAAUUAUAUAUAUAUAUAUAUAUAUAUAUAUCAAAUAUGUAUAUUUUUCAUAGACUAAGUAGAAGUAAUAAAAUAUCCAUUAUUGUUAUCAUUCAUCAUUUUGCUAUCUGUCGAGAAUUUUACCUUGGUUUAUUGACAAAAUUCGCGAUUUUAUUUUUAGUAGAUUUUAUGUAGAAAAAAAGUUAUGAAUAUAUAAACUAUGGAUUUUUA